AUGGCGUCACGCGUUAAUAUUUGUUCUGUAAAUAUUCUGGAUAAUCCGUCAACGUUCAUCUCACAGUUCAAGCUCGAAAUCACUUUCGAAGUUUUCGAAUAUCUACCUCAUGAUCUGGAGUGGGAACUAGUGUAUGUUGGCUCGGCGAAAUCAAGCUCGUAUGAUCAACUGCUCGACUCGGCCUUGGUGGGUCCAGUUCCGGAGGGUCGCCACAAGUUUGUUUUUGCGGUUGAUGCUCCAGAUCCGUCGAAGAUUCCAGUGCAAGAUCUUGUCGGUGUAACAGUGCUGCUACUUAGAUGCAAGUAUAAUGGUCAAGAUUUUAUCAACUUGGGAUGGUUUGUAUCAAAUGAUUAUGAAGACCCAGAAUUGAAGGAGAACCCUCCUGCAAAACCGUUGAUCGAGAAGUUGAUCCGUACCGUGCAAACAGAUGAUCUGCGAGUAACAUCCUUUCCAAUAAAGUGGGAUGAAAACCAGCCUGAUGAGUAUCCGCCUGAGCCGAACCAAGAAGAAGUUGAAGAGUCAAACCUUUUACCACUAGAAGAUAUUGAAGAUGAUGCGUACGACAAGCAAGAGGAUGAGGAAGAAGCAGAGGAGAAUAUGGGGAGCACGGUGGAUUUGGACGAAUAUGUGGACAAUGAUGAAGCUGAGGAUAUUGAACAUGAAGAAGAGUCUGACGCUUUAGGAGAUGAAAAAAGUGUUGAAGAUGGCACAACUAAGAAGUCCGAGGAUACAGAAAUGUUUGAAGACAUAACGGACGCUGUGACAAACACUUCACCUUUGGAAAAUGCCAAGGAUGAGAUUAUGAUAAAAGAUGAUAAAGAGGAUCUGAGAGAAGUCGGUGAUGCCCCUUUUUCCGACGUCACCAAUGAGGCUCAAGUUGCUCAGUAG